GGUAAAUAAAAGAACAUUAUUUUAAAUAAAGUAGUGGAGUAUGCGAAUGCAUUUGAAUUAAAUUCUUUUCUUUUUUUUUCUGAGAAGAUACCGUAUUUUUUAAAUUGUUAAAAUAUAUAACUUGAUUGUUUACAAACAGCCAUGGCCGUCCAAGAAGUUGAUGUUGAAAUGACAAUUGAAGAUGGAGAAAAUACAUCAGAAAAGGAAAAGAUUCCCAAAGCAGAUGUAGAAGCUCUUUCUUUGGCAGACAUCAAAGAACAUCUCAUGUUUAUUGAGAAAUCUGUGAGUUCCAAGGAGCCUCGAUUCAUACUGCGUGUGGUUCGAUCUCUAGUUUCUGUCCGGAAACGGCUUAGUGCAAAGAUCCUGCGCAAGGUGGUCACUCAUUUUUACGUCCACUCUACGCAGCAGAGAGAUACGCUACUCAAUUUCAUUGAUGAGCCAAUGGACAUGGACACCAAUGGAAACAAAGCACCUGCUAGAGUCAAAAAUGCCAAAUCUAGCCAACAACCACUUUUACCUGAACAAGAUAUUUACAUCCACCUGCUAGUUCUUUUAUAUCUGAUAGAUUGUGGGCAACCACAAAUGGCAGUGGACUGUGCUGAUAUGCUGAUGAAAAAGGUAGUAGCCCAGCCUCAACGUACUGUUGAUCUGAUAGCAGCUAAAUGUUAUUUCUACCUAUCUAGAAGCUAUGAAUUGCUAGGAUGCCUUUCAAACAUCAGAAGCUUUCUUCACAGUCGACUGCGAAGUGCUGUUUUACGUAAUGACUAUGAAGGGCAAGCAGUGCUUCUGAAUUGCCUGCUGCGAAAUUACCUCCAUUACAAUUUGUAUGAACAGGCCUCUAAACUAGCUUCAAAAUCAGUGUUUCCAGAAAUGGCAUCUGAUAAUGAGUGGGCUCGCUUUUUAUAUUAUUUAGGCCGUAUCAAAGCUAUUCAAUUAGAUUAUUCAGAAGCUCAUAAAAAUCUCCUUCAAGCCAUUAGAAAAGCUCCAGAACUUUCUGCCGUUGGAUUCCGUCAAACAGUUUACAAACUGGCUAUUACUGUAGAACUCCUUUUGGGUGAUAUUCCUGACAGAUCUCUUUUCCGACAGCCUCAGCUUAGAAAAUCUCUAGCUCCCUAUUAUCAACUUACUCAAGCUGUGAAAGCUGGCAACUUAAGCAUGUUUAAUGAAGUGCUUGAAAACUUGGGUCCUCAGUUCCAGAAAGAUCAUACUUAUACCCUCAUUUUGCGUCUGAGGCACAAUGUCAUCAAGACUGGCAUCCGCAUGAUCAGUUUAUCAUAUUCACGCAUCUCGUUGGCAGAAAUUGCUCGAAAACUCCUCCUGGGCUCCUCGGAAGAUGCUGAAUUUAUUGUAGCCAAAGCAAUUCGUGAUGGUGUUAUUGAAGCUACUAUCAAUCAUGCACAAGGCUAUAUGCAAUCAAAACAGACUGUUGAUGUAUACAGCACAGGAGAGCCAUUGGCUGCCUUCCAUAAGAGGAUUAGUUUCUGUCUCGAUAUUCACAACAAAUCUGUCAAGACCAUGCGUUUCCCACCAAAAUCAUUUCACAAGGAUUUGGAGACAGCUGAAGAGCGGAGAGAACGAGAGAAACAAGAUAUAGAAUAUGCAAAAGAAAUGACUGAUGAAGAAGAUGAUGGCUUUCCAUAAACAUACUACAAAUUAAUUUAUUACUUUCUGACAUUAUUUUCCUUUUAAAGUGACUAAUAAGUUGUCGGAUAUGCUUUACAAAAUUAUUGAACAUAAACAAACUUUUUGUAGGUACCACUAUUUCAGACUUUUUUUUUUGUCUUUUUGUUCUGGUAAUAAAAAUACUUUUCUUAA